AUGUCUUCCUCCGGUCCCCGUCUCGUGAGCGGUGCUGCCCACUCGGGCAGCCUCUUCAACAAUGACCAGUUCUCCGAUCUGAAGAUCAAAUGUGAAGACCAACAAAUCCCCGCCCACAAAGUCGUGGAGUCCGAGGGCAACCUUAUCGACUUGUCCCACGACACCAAGCCUGUGGUAUACCGUAUGUUAGAGUUCCUCUAUCAUGGGGAGUACCGAGAGAUCGGUCAUUUAGACUACCUAACCAUUGAUAAGGACCUCCUCGAAAAGGGUCGAGCACAGCAUGCACUCCUCCAUGCGGAAAUGUUCGCUGUAGCAGACAAAUACGACAUUGCCACACUCGGCGUGGUAGCCAUGAACAAAUUCGAAAAGGCCCUCAGCAAGAAGAAAUUCGGUAAUGGCCAUUACUUGGAUAUCAUCAAACAUGUCUACAGCACCACUCCGGAAUCCAACCGUGGCCUCCGCGACCUGGUCGUUUCUCACGCUCGAGCUCACGGCAACGAGAUUCAGAAAGACUCGAUACUCAACCCCCGCCUCGAGGAAAUCGUGUCCAUAACUCCACAGUUCGCAUGGGACCUGAUCCAGACUUGUUUGCUACACACACCACUCAAUAGAUGCUCUGCCUGCAAGGCAGAGCUCAGAGACAACGUCAGAUGUUCAGGAUGUAUCAAGAAAGGACGAUCUCAGCAGUAA